AUGAAGUUUGCGGAGCAUUUGUCUGCACAUCUUACGCCUGAGUGGCGAAAGCAAUAUAUCGAAUAUGAAGCUCUUAAGGCAAUUCUUUAUAAGGCACUGGAUGAUUUUGAAGAAUUACCAGUCGUUGAUGCUGUUACCGUCGGCGAGCAUUUCGAUGAGUGCGACACUGUGUUUUUUGCUAUGUGUCAAGCUGAGUUGGAUAAGAUAAAUAAUUUCUUUGCAGAAAAAUUGGCUGAAUCUAAGAGAAAAUUUGCAGCAAUAAAAGACGAAUGCGACCGACAUUUUCCUACAAGACGUCGAGCUCCGAUUGCAUCGCUCUAUCUAAAUAGUCCCGCGGCAGUCAUCGAGAACGAACCCGCACGGGAUGCUAGUGUAUAUCGUAAUGCUGAGCGACCACUGGAAUACACGCACAGUUCAGUACAUCGUAUUAAUGAUAUGGACAUGCUGCGCCGACGUAGGAAUACCUUUCGACUUAAAAAGGACGAAAAACGUUUUGUUCAUGCGUCUCGACAAGUUGGACAGAAUGAAGAGACACCUCGUUUGAAAAUUUAUGAUCUUAAACUCGCAUUGAGUGAAUUCUAUCUAAGUCUAGUGUUGCUGCAGAAUUACCAAAGCCUCAACUUUACGGGUUUUAGAAAAAUUCUUAAGAAGCAUGACAAGUUAUUUCAACGUUCAAAUGGUCUGGAAUGGUAUAGAAAUACUGUAUCAGCAGAACCAUUCCAUAUAGAUGAUUCAGUUGAUGCAAUGAUAGCUGAAGUCGAGGAAACAUUUACGAAACUCGAAGGUGGGAACCGCCAGAAAGCGAUGAAACGGCUUCGAGUGCCUCCGCUUGCCGCUCAGUUUUCGUAUCCUGCAUUUCGCCUCUUCCGAGGAAGCUUUUUGGUCAUUUACUACGUCUGCAUGGUCGGAGUCAACGUCUACGGCUGGCGAAGCUCUGGCGUCAACCACGUGCUCAUUUUUGAGAUCGACCCCCGUUCCCAUCUGAAUCAAUUUCAACUCAUGGAGAUGGGCAUGUUUUUGGCAGACUUUUGGGGUGCCGCGGUGUUACUCUACCAAUUUUCCGAUUUAAUCCACUUUCCUGGCUACGUGACCCCACUUGUCCUCUUCACCACCAUGCUGGUCUUCCUCCUCUUGCCCUUUCACAUCUUCUACUUCAAAUCUCGUCUCUGGCUUCUCAAGAUCUUGUUUCGGAUCAUCCGCGCGCCACUGGCUAGAGUCCGCUUCCCCGACUUCUUUCUCGCCGACCAAUUGAACAGUCUUUCAUUUAUCCUGCCAGAUUUUGCCUAUUUCCUUUGCUUUUUCAUCAACUUCAUUGAUGAUCAUAUGAUGAUCAAAAGCAGUCUUCGAAAUUCUACGAUCCCACCUCCCGGUGCCAGUCGGCUAUUUGUGCCAAAGGCGGGCUUCUGUGACGGCAUGAUGUGGGGUCUGCAGCCCAUACUGAAGGCGCUUCCAGCGUGGUGGCGUUUUCUCCAGUGCCUUCGACGAUACCGCGAUCUGACCAUUAAGUCGCCAGUUCCGCAUCUGAUGAACGCUGGCAAGUACUCUACCACGCUCAUCGCUAUCGUCUGCUCCGUCAUAUCCUCUAUCAAUCAUCAUACAGCGUUUUUCGUACUGAUGAUUCUUUCAAAGCUGUGCAGUUCAAUAUGUACAACGACAUGGGACCUGGUGAUGGACUGGGGCCUGAUGGACUGCAGUUCAAAGGAGAAUGUGUUGUUGCGAGAUGAAUUGGUCUACCGCUUCCGAGCCUAUUACUAUGGGGCCAUUUUAGAAGACGUCAUCAUCCGUUUCGCAUGGAUCUUGCCUCUCGUCUUCUCGCACUUCCGAAUCGUUGAUGUCGAAAUCAUUACCACUAUUGUCAUGUUUGCCGAGGUCACCAGGCGGAUAAUUUGGAAUUUUUUCCGUCUUGAGAACGAGCAUCUAAACAACUGCGGCAAUUUCCGUGCAGUGCGUGAUAUCGGUAUUGCCCCAAUACGCAAGGAGACGUCGCCGCAUCCUAUCACACAGGAGGGCGAUAAAGCCUUCGGAAUGUUUAACCAACUCUACACACUCAAUCAGAACGACAACAGUAGCAGAGGGAGCAACAAUAACCGAAGUAUCGAAGAGAAUAAUCAGGGCUUUGAUGAGGGCGGUAGCAAUGGCACUGUUGGUGGUAUUGCUAUGGAAAACGCGCCACUGCCAACUACUCUGGCGGAUUACGCCAUGUUUCUACAACAAAACAACCGCAAGAGUCUUUGGAAUCACCUCCGCAACGCCUACUUGCAGACGAAAAAGGAGAAGCGACGGAGACUGGACUUUGAUCGUAUCGUCAGUAUGGAGGAAGCCCUAAGAGCGGCUCAAAUGAAUGUCCAGUCGAAGUCGGGGUCAGCCACCCUGACACCGCGUGGGGCAACACCGACAAGGGACCCGGGAAAGGUUCAUGCACAACUCUGUGAAAAGGUGCAGCAGCCCUCUUCCACCACCACUGCCCAAUCCGCCCCCACUAUAACCCAACAGCCCGAAAAUAUCCUGUCAUUGCAGCCACCUCCACUGUCACAAUCGCUGCCGAAGACAGCCCCGCGCCCGAGCAAGAGCGCACGCAGUCGGAGCAUCGCAGUAGACGGCAGGCAGCGUAGGGCUUUUGCCAAGCCCCAGCAGUCGGCGUUGGUAAAGAACCGUGCCUCCGCGCGCCUCACACCAGCUUACUCCGUCGGUGACCUCUGCGGCUUCCAUGCCAAUGCUCCGGGCAUCUCCCCGCCCCACUCCGAGGAGGCCAACAUUAAUUGCGGCCCCGAUCCCGCCAUCACGCCCGAGAUGCUAUCUCAAACGCACAGCGAUGAUUCCCCCGGCGACACUGUUCUGCCCAUUCGAACAAGCCUCUUGGCCAAUCGACUGCGUGAGCUCCUCAACACAUUUAGCAGUGGCCAUUUCACCGCCACUCCCUCAUCUUCAGUGCCGAUGGUGGCAAGUGGAGGAGCCAGUCGGCCGAAACGAUGGCAAUACGACGCCGCCAGGGGGCACCGGACAGUAAAUGCCCAAACAACUCAGCAUGGGCGAUUCAGUAAGGAGGAAGAGGAUGAGGUGAAGGGCAGAGGCGGUCUGGUUAGUGGGCGGAGUGGCCAUUCCAGAGACGCAGUCCGGCGGAGAAGUAUUAGUGCCCUGAAACCUUCUGUACUGGACUCUAGUGAAGGGACGCGGAACGCCCCGAUGGACCUCAACUCGAGUCCUCUAGUUGAGGACACCGAGGAUGUGGGACAGGCUCAAUUACGAGGCAACCAGAAUCCUCAAACGUCUUCUCGAAAUCCUUCAUCAAUAUACCCGACAAAGUUUACCGUUGAACCUACCGAACAUCUGGACGAAGUGGCUCGAUUCUAA